UACCUAUAUAUGUACGUACAUGUAUUGAUCUACUCAUCUUUUAAGAAAAGCAUAUUAAUUUGUGAAACCAGAAACAGAAGCAGAGUGUCAUGGGAAAUCAAAGAUUCAUUGUUCUAUCAAUACUUCUGUCUCUACUAAUCACAAUUGCUUCUGCUCAGUCGUCUCAACUUAGACAAAACUUUUACCAGAACAUUUGUCCUAAUGUAGAAUCACUCGUCCGUUCUGCAGUCCAGACGAAGUUUAGCCAGACCUUUGUGACUGCCCCGGCAACUCUUCGACUCCUCUUCCACGAUUGCUUUGUCCGGGGAUGUGAUGCUUCGGUGCUGCUUUCGUCACCUUCUAACAAUGCAGAGAAGGACCACCCUGAUGAUAUUUCGCUUGCCGGUGAUGGAUUUGACACUGUGAUCAAAGCCAAGGCAGCUGUUGAUAGCAAUCCUCGAUGCAGAAACAAAGUUUCAUGUGCUGAUAUACUAGCUCUUGCGACUAGAGAUGUUGUAGUCUUGGCAGGGGGGCCAUCUUAUUCAGUUGAAUUAGGAAGACGUGAUGGGAGGAUAUCUACAAAAGGCAGUGUUCAACGCAAACUCCCUCAUCCUACUUUCAACUUGGACCAGCUGAAUUCAAUGUUUGCUUCCCAUGGUCUCUCCCAGACUGAUAUGAUUGCUUUGUCAGGUGCCCAUACACUUGGAUUCUCUCAUUGUAGCCGCUUUGCCGACAGGAUUUACAGAUUCAAUUCUCGAAACAGGAUUGACCCAACUCUAAAUCUGCAAUAUGCUAUGCAGCUUAGACAAAUGUGCCCUGUUAAUGUUGACUCAAGAAUUGCCAUUAACAUGGACCCGACCACACCCCGGCAGUUUGACAAUGCCUACUACCAAAACCUUAAGAAUGGAAAGGGCUUGUUCACCUCUGAUCAGAUACUGUUUACCGAUUCAAGAUCGAAGGGCACUGUCAACCUAUUUGCAUCGAACAAUGCUGCCUUCCAACAAGCAUUUGUGACUGCUAUCACUAAGCUAGGCCGAGUUGGGGUUUUGACUGGUAAUCAAGGUGAAAUUCGGCGAGACUGUUCCCGAAUAAACUAAACUAGUCAUUAUUCUCUCAUCGCUCAUAGAUUCCGUCGUUCUUUCUUUGCUGUAGUUAUUGCUUUUCAUUUUGUUAUUGUUUCGAUUGCUGGGGUAUCAAAAUUUGCAAGGGUAACCAAUAAAUUAUACAGCUGGGAAGUGGUUUAUCGGAAAGAAAUGUUUACUUGUGUCUUUUAGCACAAAGAAAGAAUUGCUCAGGCCAUUUUCUUCAUAGAAGCUGGCGCCGGAAAUGAAAUUUACCUGAAUUUAUUAAUUCUAA